AUGCCGGUAUUCCAGCCAUCAAAUCAGAUCAAGCUCACUAACGUAUCGAUCGUUCGAUUGAAAAAAGGUGGCAAAAGAUUCGAAAUUGCAUGUUAUAAAAACAAAGCGAGGGAAUGGCGAACAGGAAUUGAAACCGAUCUAUCAGAAGUGCUACAAACCGACACGAUUUUCUCUAAUGUAUCCAAAGGACAAGUUGCCUCAGCUGCCGAUUUAAAGCAUAGUUUUGGUUCUGGUACGAACAAUGAUGUGAUCGUACUCGAGAUCCUGCAGAAGGGAGAAUUACAAGUUUCUGAUAAAGAGCGCGGUCAAGAGUUGGAUGUGAAGAAGAAGGAAAUUGCGCAUUUGGUAGCUGAGAAAUGUUUAGAUCCCUCUACUCAUCGUCCGCAUACACUUUCGAUGAUUGAAAAGGCUAUGGAAGCGGUACAUUUUUCAGUCAACUUUUCGAAAAGUUCAAAGAUUCAAGCACUUGAACUCAUCAAGACACUCUCUGCUAGACCUGAUAUUAUUUCUCUUGAGCGAGCUCAGAUGCGAGUCCGACUUACCAUGCCUGCUAAGGAUGGUAAGAAACUUAAAUCACAAAUUGUCCCACUUUCCACAAAAGUGGAAGAUGAAGAAUGGUCCGAUGAAUGGGAAUGGGUGGCUCUAAUCGAUCCAGGUCAAUUUCGAGUCAUUAAUGAGAUUCUCCAACAAGAAUCAUUAGGUGGUAGAGGAAAAUUAGAGACUCUGAGUUUUUUGGCUGAGGUGGUUGAAGGCGAUGAACAACUGUAA